AAUUAUGAUGUAUUCGGGAGCCAGUAUUGGCUCGGGUGGGCGGACAGAGCCCAGUGAGAGGCAGCUUUGUCCGGAGGCCGUCUGUGCUUUGGUGUUGGGGGGUCCGCUGGUUGAGGGGGGUGUCUUCCACGCUGGAAGCUGAACUGCGCUCGCCGAGGCCCGCGUUUUACCGCCCGCAGAGCCCGUGUUUCGCCUAUUUCUGGUCAGUUUUGCGGGUGCGUCCGCAGCGGUUGGGGGAGAGGCCGGGAAGGACAAUGGACUGACUCACUUUCCAGGUCUGGUGCUAGGGGUGGGGGUCCUCGGGAUCACCCCGGGGGACAUUUUCCACAGUCCCUGCCCCAUUCUGGCAGGGUCAGAUCCCUGGUGAGCGGGUGGCUGCCCUCAGAGUCUGCUUUCGUUGGAAGGACCGCGUCAGUGCCACCCUAGCUGGAGAAGAAAUGAUUGCGUUUUCUUCUGUACUGUGAUAAUACGUUUGUCAUCACCACCAUCACUAUUAACACCCCCUUUUAAUGAAAACAAUCGAACAAAAAGCUCGCUAGCUCGUCCCUUCAGCUGCUUUGGAUGGUGAACAAAGCAGUCCCACCGUCGCCCCUCCCUAGCUCUGUUUUCCAAGUUGCCAGGUUUGGGGUAGGGAAAGAAAAUGGAGAGCUGCUCAGAACGGAGAUUCAGCCAUAAAGCAAACAGUAACCUCAAGUAACACCGGGAACUGGUGGACUCCCCCUUCUCCCCUCCCCUCCUUCUUUUGGAUUAGAAAGGAGAAAGAAAACCUCUCGCACCCGCACCCACCCAGUUGAUACCCAGGGAAAGAGAUAGUUCUGCACUUCCGCCAAAGCCGCAGCAGAGAGAAAAAGCCUUCGCAAUUAACCCAAGACUUCGACGUGCCAUUUGGUGGAAGACUCAAGCAAAACAAUUUAAAAAAAAAAAAGAAUUUAUGGGAGGGAGGGAACGGACAUAAAAGCAAGCCAAAUCCAGUUACAUCACUAGGAAGCGGCAUCGGGUUUUCGUUUGACCCUCUUCCUUUUUGCCUUGUUUAUCGGUACAAAACAUAAGCGUUUCUCCCAUCUUCUGCCAAUUAAAAUCCCGAAAAAUAUCGAAAAUUGUUGUAUAAAGGUAGCGGAGGAACAGAUGUAGAAAUACCCUCCUUUAUAUCCCCCACUCCGCCAGUAGAAAGAAAACAAGGGACCCAACUAGACUAGAUACAAUCCUCUCCCCUCCAACCCUAACGGGGAAGUAGGGCAUUUGGAAGCAGGUUCUACCUUCCUUCGGGACAGAAGGUUGGUAGAUGGGGGUCAUGUCUGGGGACUCUCAGGUUCUGACCCUGCGACCAGGGCCUGAAGAGUCUUGUCUUUUCCAUCACGUCUUCCCCCGCCCCCAACCCCGCGUCAUCAUAUAGGGAAUUACACCUUCACGCUGGGUCGGCAGCAGGAGCCUGGGCUCAGUUUACCGAGCAAACCGCAUAGACGAGUCUGUGUGCUUAGAAAACAAAUUCGGCCACACUGAAUCAGACAGAUCCGUUAGAGGGUUAGAAAAUGUUCCGGGCAGCCUGCCUGGAGAGGCUGUUGUUGUUGGACUAAGUAGUUAUUCCUGAUUGGUCAGGUGUAGGGUUCUUUUUUUUUUUUUUUAAUCGGGACGUGUUUGGGGGAGGGGGGCUCCAAACACCUGCAAGUUGAAGGCGGAAAGACGUUUGCUAUUCUUUGGGCUGGCGGGGUACACAAGGUAAUUCCCAGCCAUUGACCCCCCAUUUUCUCUCUCGCCCUCCCUCUUUUUCUCCACCCCCAUCUUUCCUGGAAACUCGCUUUGGGCGCGGCAGACCGCGCAGGACCUCACCUCUAGCUAAGUAACUGUUGGCCUCUCAACAAGAGCCGGGGAAAACACAGAUCCGGGUUCCUACCUCGACCCCUCUCCAGUGGAGGAGUAGAGGUCCUAACCAGAAGGGCCGGUCUCUCUAAAUAUGCCCCAGGAUGACAGAGCGGCCGCCGAGCGAGGCGGCACGCAGUGACCCGCAGCUAGAGGGACAGGACGCGGCCGAGGCCCGCAUGGCCCCCCCGCACCUCGUCCUGCUCAACGGCGUCGCCAAGGAGACGAGCCGCGCAGCCCCGGCGGAGCCCCCGGUCAUCGAGCUAGGCGCACGCAGUAGCGCGGGGGGCGGCCCCGCCAGUGGGGGCGGGGCCGUGAGGGACUUAAAGAGCCGCGACGCCCUAGUAGCCGAAGCUCGCCACCGAGUGCCCACCACCGAGCUGUGCAGACCUCCUGGACCCGCCCCGGCGCCCGCGCCCGCCUCAGCCCCGGCAGAGCUGCCUGGAGACGGCCGCAUGGUGCAACUGAGCCCUCCCGCGCUGGCAGCCCCCGCCGGCCCUGGCCGAGCGCUGCUCUACAGCCUCAGCCAGCCGCUGGCCUCGCUCGGCAGUGGGUUCUUCGGAGAACCGGAUGCCUUCCCCAUGUUUACCAACAACAACCGGGUGAAGAGGAGGCCCUCCCCAUAUGAGAUGGAGAUUACUGAUGGCCCUCACACCAAAGUAGUGCGGCGCAUCUUCACCAACAGCCGGGAGCGAUGGCGGCAGCAGAACGUGAAUGGGGCAUUUGCUGAGCUCCGAAAGCUCAUCCCCACCCACCCACCAGACAAGAAGCUAAGCAAGAACGAGAUCCUGCGCCUUGCCAUGAAGUACAUAAAUUUCCUGGCCAAGCUGCUCAAUGACCAGGAGGAGGAAGGCACUCAGCGUGCCAAGCCGGGCAAGGACCCUGUGGUGGGAGCUGGUGGGGGUGGGGCAGGAGGUGGCAUGCCCCCGGAAGACCUUCUCCAGGAUGUGCUUUCCCCCAACUCCAGCUGUGGGAGCUCUCUGGAUGGAGCAGCCAGCCCGGACAGUUAUACAGAGGAGCCAACACCUAAGCACACUGCCCGCAGCCUCCACCCUGCCCUGCUGCCUGCCACCGAUGGGGCUGGCCCCCGGUGAUGCGUCUGGGGCUGCCCAGGGCCAGCAGGCAGGGCCCAUUAGGCCCCUGCAUUGCUGGGCUUUAGGGCAGGUGGGAUGAGAAGCAGGCAUUGUACUUGAUGAACUUCCCUUAUAGUCUGAACUUUGGGAAGUCCCAACUGACCCUGAGCUGGUGUUUCUGUUUCCUGCCUGGAAACAAGAGGAAAAUGAAGUGAAGUAGUAGGUACUUUAUCUGAAGAUGGCACAGUCUUCUCCCUUUUCCAAUCCCCAGGACUUCCCAGUUAGAGGCUCAAGUGUCACUGUUUUUUGGUCUAGAGUUUGUGAGCCUUGUUUUGGACGAGAUACGGGGUUGUUACCCAUUACCGGAGGCAUCCAGCAGCCUCUGCCUUGCCUUUAGCCCAUCCCGAGCUGGCUGGGGUGGCUUUUGUGGCAGCUUCUGUUCAAAUAUAUAGGUACCCAAGAGCUGCCCACUUCUUGAGCCCCAUCUUCACCCAGGUCCGUGUUGAUCCAUCCAGCUUGCCAGCUGCUCCGGAGAGUCAAGCCUCGAGGUGCCUUCUUCAGGGCCUGGUUGGAAAAGUUGACCAGUGAACAGACAGCCUGAUCUCAACUAGCUGGGCCAGAAAAACCCAACAGCCCUUCUUGCUCUGGGGCAUCAGAGCUCUGCUUUCUCCCCACUGAGACUUGCCUUCCUAUCCUGCAGCUGUGAGGAUUGGUCAGCAGCCUGGAGCAUGCUCUGUUGGGCUGUGUGCAGGCACAGAGAGGGAGAGUGACGUUAGGAUGAAAAGCAAGAGUGUUUGGGGCAUUGGGUUUCAUCUCCUGCACUUCACAAUGACCAUGUGCUGAUGCAUUGCAUGUUGGUGCUUGGGUUGUACAGCCCAUGGGCUUUCCUCGGGAAGCUUCCUGUUGCAAGAUGUCUGUUGGCUGAGGGUUUGGGCUUCCAGAUGGAGUACAAAAUGUCCCAUAAAUACUUCAUUUGGGAUUCUGCCUAAUCGGUUGUUGGUGGAAAUUCUGGGCCAUGCUGCUAGGGCAUGGAGUCCAGUCAGAGGUGAGGCCCUGGCUUGAGACCUGAGCAUGCAAAUUUGCUCAGCCCAACUUUAAAUACGCUCCUGUCACACAAUUGCAGGCCCCAUGUGUGUGCAUGGCAGGUUGGUUUAAUGCACUGAGUGCCCCCUAAAAGCUGUACAUGAAAAUUUUUGUAAAGCAAAUCCUUCUUCAUCUUUUAAAGAAAUAACCCCUGCAAGUCAUUUUGUAAAGUGGAGAAUCCUUUUGUAGUAUGGACAACUGCCCCAUUGUUUCUUUCCUGAAUUAGUCCUCCUGGUGGGACUGGGUUUUCUUAAAGCUAGGCCUGUCUGUAAUGAAGUUUAAGCCCAUGGAACAAACUGCACAGAAGUCCUGUGUAUCUGUCAUUGUACCAGUGUCACCUAGAGCGCUCUCUCUCUCUCUCUCUCUCUCUCUCUCUCUCUCUCUCUCUCUGCCUCUGCCUCUGCCUCUGCCUCUGCCUCUGCCUCUGCCUCUGCCUCUGCCUCUGCCUUUGCCUCUGCCUCUCUCUCCCAGGUUUUGCAAUUGAGCCAGAGAGAAAGUAUCCAAAGGCCCCAUCAUGUAACGUAAGAGCCCAUUACUUUUCUGUUCGAGUUUCAGUACCAUUACGGUGCCCGAGUACACACUUAGGCAGACAAAGAUGGAUCUUGCUCCCCCCUCUUCCUGUUAAGUCCUGAGAUUCCCCAGGCAUAGGGACAAUAUGGUCAGGCACCGGGUUGUUGCAUACUACACUCAGCUGUCUCAUACUGCUGUGAACACUAAGGUUGGUUCCUUCCAUUGCUUGGGAGUUAGGACAAGGAGUCUGACUCAUGUGAAAACGGAACAACUGUCCUGAGCUCGAGGGCUGUGUUUUCUUCUCGGUGGAAUGAUGACUUGGGAAUGAAAAAUGUUGAUCUGGAGGUGGAUUUUCUGAGAGAGAUCACACAUUUGUUGGGAGCUUAAGCUACGGCUCCCUUUCUCCGCUUUGUAUCAUUGCUGGGAUGGAUGCAGCAGGCAGUGGGCUCUGUUGUGCACUAAGGGUGCAGUGCAGUGGGCAAGCAGCACACAUGAGGUUCUGGGUUCAAUACCCAGCACAGACACAAAAGCUUCACUACCCUUAGUGCUGACCCUGCAGUGAGUUCCAGCCAGAGUUCAGGCCCUGGGCGGUUGAUAUUUGAGUAAUUUAGCUUAUUAAGACUCUUCCUUGAGCUAUCCAGAUCCUCAUUUCUCUAGAUUAAUCUUAAUUUCUCCCUGAUUUCAAGGCAAGAGAUAGACAUGAGAAAGGGAGAGAGACUGGGGAUACGAGUGCCUCCAGGCUGCCGUACCUCCUACGGGGCUAGAACGGAGGGCCAGGAGUUCGGUCUUUGUAAGAUCUAAGGAAAACCCUGGAUUCUGUUUUCAUCUUCAACACCCCAUAUCUUUCUCCCUUUGUCCCCUCCUCACCCUUGAAGAAAUGGCAAGGUCCCAAGAGUAAUAUCUGUACAAAAGGGGAAAAUGUAAGAGCAUGAGAAACAUUUGAGGAAAACAAUGAACGUAAGGACCAGAGAGAAUCCUGUCUUUCAAGAAUAAUUCAUGUUUAUUUGUGGUGGCAAGUAACACGAUGGUACAACCUUUAUCCUUCUUCCAGAAACAAAAAACAAAGGGCACAGCAACUGUAGUGAGCUGACAGCUAUUUUGGCCUUUUGGGUGGGUCUAGCCAUACUUGGGAUCCCAGUGGUACAUGACCCUCUGCAGAAGGCUUGCCCCAGCCUGUGUACAUAGCACGCCAUGUCUGCGGGCAGGCCCAGCACUUUCCGUCAGUGUUGUACUGUAUGUGAUGAACUGUGUUGGUCUCUGCAUUUCUCUGCAGAAGAGGAGUAACUGCUCCGGGUACCUUGAUGUUUGUACAGCCUAGAGGCCAACACUGUGGGCGUGUGACUCUUUAUUGGGGGGAAAACAAAACAAAAAAAAAUCCCAGUGUGGUGAUGAUGGUGUGUGUAUAUAUAAAUAAGGUUAUAUGGGGAAGAUUUCUAAAUAAAAGUUUU